UUCCCCACGUCUCUAAAUUCUCAAAUUGAAAAUUUGUCCUUUGGAAUUAUACACAGAAUUAUACAGGGGGGAAAAAAAAACACCCACUAACGUUGCAGGGUUUGCACUGCGGUUGCGAUCAAAAUCAUGGGAGACUCAAAGCAGGAAGCCCAGAACGGUUGGAUGUCAGUGCCGGCGUUCGGAGACUGGGACAUGAAGAACGGAGUCCCCGAUUACUCCAUGGAUUUCUCCAAGAUUCGGGAGAACCGAAAGCAGAACAAGUCGGAUUUUUUUAGGGCGAGCUUGGGCAACGAGGAGGAGCUCCUCGCUAAUCGGAAGCCCGUCGACGGCCGCGAUCGCCGCCGCGAUGAUUAUGCUCAGCUCAGUGAGAAUUCGUCGGAGACCGCCGCCGCCGCCCAUUCUCCCUCGGCAAGGAAGAAGAUUGCAAGCUAUUUCGUUUGCUGUAUCGGAGCGUGAGACUGUGAUCCAAGGGCCGUUCUCUUUUUUUCUCUACUCCCUUCAGGAAUUUCUCGUGUUAUUCUUCCUUGGUCAGGCAACCCUUUAAUUUUCUGUAGAAUUCCAGGCUUGGUAUAUAAAAUGGCUACUGUUCCAGAGUGACUUGUGUAGUUCUCAGUUUAUAAAGGAUGAUGGUUGAGCAUUGUUUGCAUUUGGAUUCUUUAAAAAGUCUGGAUUUGAGCUUUC